UAUUAUUAUUUUAAUGUUUUUGUUUGUUGUUGUUUUUGUGUUAGUAACGAAGAUAACCUGAUUCGGCGUUUGGUGCAAAGGGUUAUGAAGGAGUUGAGUAAUACUCCUUUGGGUGUGCCCGAGUUUGCAGUAGGUCUUGAUGAACGUGUUGAGAAGGUGAUGAGGAUGUUGGAAGUUCAAUCCAAUGGUGUCAAGGUUUUGGGGUUGCAUGGGAUGGGUGGGGUUGGUAAGACCACCCUUGCCAAGGCACUUUUCAAUGCCCUUGUUAACCGUUUUGAGCAUCGCUGCUUCAUUUCCAGUGUCAGACAAGUUUCAUCUAAAGGUGAUGAUGGUUUGGUUUCCCUUCAGAGCAAAAUCAUUAAAGAUCUUUUCCCUGGAGAAGGGUCUCCUACCAUCAGUGAUGUCAAUGUUGGUCUUUCUGCUAUCAAAGGACGAGUUAGUGAGAAUCGAGUUUUGUUGGUCUUGGAUGAUGUUGAUGAUGUAAAGCAGCUUCAUGCUUUGAUUGGUAAGAGGGAAUGGUUUAACGAUGGAAGCCGUGUUAUAAUCACCACAAGGGACACACAAGUUCUACCCGAGAGUCAUGUAAACGAGUUGUAUGAAGUUAGGGAAUUGAAUCUUUCUGAAGCUCUAGAGUUGUUCAGUUACCAUGCACUGAGAAGAAAUAAACCGCCAGAAAAUCUUGAGAAUUUGUCAGAGAAGAUAGUGUCUCUGACAGGAAGAAUGCCUUUGGCUGUGGAAGUGUUUGGUUCGUAUUUGUUUGGUAAGAGGAGGGAAGAGGAAUGGGAGGAUGCUCUGAAGAAGCUGAGUGAAAUUCGGCCACAGCAUCUUCAGGAUGUAUUGAAGAUUAGUUUUGAUGGGUUGGAUGAAGAAGAGAAGAGUAUAUUCCUUGAUAUUGCUUGUUUGUUUGUCCAAAUGGGAAUGAAGCGUGAUGAUGUUAUUGAUGUGUUAAGAGGUUGUGGUUUUAGGGGUGAGAUAGCUAUCACGGUACUUGUGCAGAAAUGCUUAAUCAAAAUCACUCAGGAGAAUACCCUGUGGAUGCAUGAUCAAAUUAGAGACAUGGGCAGGCAAAUUGUUCUAGAUGAAAACCUCGUU